CCGUUGGGUUUAGGGUUUCAAUCUGUUGUUUCUACUUCUUCUUCGUAUACUACUUCAGAAUUUCAGUGGGCGAUGAAUUGAGAUCGAUGGCGGCAGCAGCGGCAGCAAGGUGGUGGUGACUUUCCGAGGGGUCGGCCACCACCUCUGCUGACCAUGCAGAAUCCCUCAGUUUCUUUCGCCACUCUCAACUGCUACUCUCAUCAUCCUACUCUGCAUUAUAAUAGUAUAAUUCUCGCUUUUGUUCAAAUGUGGACUUUCUCUGUUACAUUGCAGCUUGUUUGGAGAUUUACGUUCUGUUAAUUGCUUGUUUCAACUCAUGGCAACAAUUUUUCUGAAAAAAGAAUGAGAAGGCUCAUCCAAAGGAGAACAAUCGACUAUACAAGCACUAUGGUGCGAUAUACGCAGUGGACUCCUACUAGGAGGCGUUUCAUCACAGGUUCCCAGUGUGGGGAAUUUACUUUAUGGGAUGGACAAUCAUUUAAGGUUGAGAUGAAUUUUCAGGCCCAUGAUCAAGCCAUCAGGUCUAUCAUAUGGAGUUAUAAUGACAACUGGAUGGUUUCUGGUGAUGAUCAAGGCUCUAUAAGGUAUUGGGAGAACAAUACGAAGCAUGUUGAGGCCUUUUCUGCUUAUGAAGAAUCUGUCCGUGACUUAAGGAAAGAUUUGAAGUUCUGUUCCCGUUCUGAUGAUGCUAUCAUAAAAAUAUGGGACUUUGCCAAGUGUCAAGAAGAGCAUUCAUUAAUUGGUUAUGUGCUUUGACUACUACUCAAAUAUGAGAAUUGUUUGACCUACCAAGUUUACAAAAUGAUUGAAUUAUUUACCUAUUGUAGAAGAGUGCUUGUGUUUAGAUGAUUGUUUGUUAUUUGCCCUCAUUUAAGUGUGGCAAAUGAUCAAAUCAUUUACCAAGUUUUACCAUGUUACUCAACUUUGGAAAUGUUAAUCUUGUAACUUAAAAUUUCUUUGGUGAAUUGGCUUUGCAUUUGAUUGUUGGCCACACCUCAUUUAAGUAGAUAUCAAAUAUGUAUCAAUGUUUUUUUAAUAGAGUAUGUUCUUUUUCUGCUUCUUCCAAGACCAGGUAUUGUAUUGAUCCAAAUGGUCUUUUGUUUUGUACUAGCUGUGCAUACAUUGAUGUUGUUUGGACAACUUGGUUAAGCAUAAUGGUCUUAGACAUUUGUGGUUUUAUUAAGUUGGAAACUUUGUCGAGCCCCACAGUUACUAAAUGUUUGUACAUCCUUAUCAUGCUGUGGGAGCAAUGACCACACAACAAGGUUUUGGUGAAGAAAUAGACCAGGAGAUACUGG